UCCUGUGUAGAAGAUACAGUGUAGCCUUUAUGAUAGGCGAUAAAUUGUGGCGUCACCUGCAAACACGUUUUUUCGUUGGUUCGUCGUUUUCGUCGUGCAAUCGGAUAUUUGAUACAAACGGUAAAGUACGUAAUACGCAGUCACGCGCACUUCGUUACGCGUUCAUCUUACUGGUUAUCAAGUAUACGCUCUUUGGUGGCUCGGUGUGGCGUUUUUGUGAGCGAAAAAAAGAAAGGAACAGACCGAUCAACGUGAAGCUGAUCGACAGAAUGGAUACUGGAAUCUCAUAGCAAAAUGACAAUUGAUUCGAACGACGAACGUGCACGAAUAAGGCGAACCGACGUAUAAUUGGGCGAUCAAGGAAAAAAGUACUGCGCGAAAUACUUGCAACAAACAAAACGUUGAAGACGGUGCGAAUCAAAAGGCGAGUUACAAUUUUUUUUGCACGAAGAAGAUGAGAUCGGUGAUUUUAUAGGUACACCUAAUGGUGAAAGAUGAGUUGAGACAUGAUUUAAAUAUAAAGUAUACAACAAAACGAGAAAUAUGUAUGGUGCAGUACGUGAAGAAGUAUCUGAAAGUUGGUUGCACACGUAUGAUUUGAGCAGUACAAUGAUUCCUAAUGUUAGUUCACCGAUGAACGAUGAAGAACACUUUUGCAAGUUCAUCUUAUACAAAGAAAUCAAAGAUUCAAGAGUACGAAUAUGGGACAUUGUCAUAUUGAUACCAAAUCUCUUGUUUCUUUUAUUUAUCGCAGUGAGAUUUAAUAGAGCACGGCUUAAAUUACGAGCAACGAGUAGUCCAAUAUUUUUAGCAUUUUAUGGACUUGUCAUUUGUAAUGUAGUGAUUUCAGUAAUAAGAUGUAUUGUUUCAAUGACUGUAAAUGCAGCAGCCACUGUUGGUGGUAAAGCAGACAAAAUACUGUGGGUAACAGUGAGAUUUUUUCUGUUGUCCACAGAGAUGAGCGUGGUUAUAUUUGGUUUAGCUUUUGGACAUUUGGAUAGUCGCUCAAGUAUUCGUAGGGUAUUAUUCGCUACAUCGUUAAUAGCAUUGGCUUUUACCAUAACUCAAGGAACUUUGGAAUUAGUUAUACCAGACGAUACAUUCCAUAUUCCCAGUAGAGAUUUUUAUGUGUUUGGUCAUGGGGGUAUGAUGUUUUGGUUUUGCAGCAGUCUUGUUUUUACAAUGAUAUAUCUUUUUAUAUUAAUACUGCCAUGGACACGGUUACGAGACCGUUUAACCCUUCCAACAAGAAAAAGUUUUUACGUUUACACCGGUACAUUAGCCAUGCUAGACUUAGUACAAUCAAUCGGAGCAGGCUUCUUAAAUUAUACGCAAAAUCCCAUAGGAUUAUGUGUCGUGGAUUUUACCGCAGCGGUUUAUUUAACCCUGUUUACACCUUUGGUUUAUCAUACAUUCCUGUCCGAAUUCUUUGGGGUUUCACAACCUUCGAUAAUGUUCUCAUACAAGGCCCAAGUGGACGAUGCAAUGGACGAAGACACGGUGUCGCUGCCUCAUCAACAGAGUUUCUCCUCGUUAAAAACCGACAGCGAUUAUAUUUAUCAGGUCCAUACUCCAUCUAUUCACAUGCCCUUAUACGAUUCACAAGCGUUAAAAUCAUCCCCCUCAAAGCAUAAAACCUCUCUGCACUCCUUAACAUCCACCAAAGAUUCUAAAAAUGGUAGCGGACACACCUAUGAAUCUCCAACCCCUUUAUAUCAAUCCACGUCUGGCAUUAAAAGUUUUACAAGACGUCUGAGCGGAGAAAAGAGCAGUUCCGACUUCAAGAAUUAUCCGUUAACGAAAUCCGACAAUUUUAUCGAUUACAAAAAAAGUACGCUGGAUCUGAAGUUCACUCACAAUGCCUGGAAGAGCAGUUCUACAUCGCAAUUUAAAUAUGGCGGACCCAGUAGCGUCUCGAAUCUUUUCUCGCCAAACACCGCUAGUAGCUUCUUGUAUAAACCCGGCUCGAACGAUAGCAAUACCAAUUUGUUUUCCUUAACGACAAAGAAUAGCUUGAUACACGAACGAAAACGAUCAGAGGGAAACGUGCCCAGCCAAUUAUUCGAUAUUCCACCUUUAGAGAAUACGUUGCAAUCGAUUCUGGAUAACAGUACCAACGGUUCCAACGAGAUGAGAUAUAGCACGUCAAACGAAGAGGCUUUCGUGAAAGAUAUCAUUGCCCAAGCUUCGCAUAAUAUAGAAAAAAAAGAAUCGAAUUUUUUGAAGCAAUACACCGAUACCGAAAUGUCGGAGAUCGACGUAGAAGACACGUCUGAUGCUUUACAACACGUCACGCAACAAUUGUUGUUCAAACCUGUUUCUUCAACGAGUGAAGAGAUGUUGAAAAAACAGAAGAAGAAAGAUACGAAGAAAAAAGAGUCAGGUGGAUUGAGCGAAUAUUUAUUAUCUCUCACAUCGCCGACUAAUCACAGUGUCUAUGACUCGACCCAAUUCGACACAAAUUCGACACCGGUGAAUCCACUUUACGCGGCGUCUCUCCAGAGCCCGGAUAGCAUAACCGGUUACAGUAUAGACAGUCAAGAAGGCCAAGCCCAGGCAAAUGGUUAUCAACAACAGUGAAUCGUCAGAAUCUGGCGUGGCUCGAUUCACCAGUCACUCGCAUGGGAUUUCAACG